UAGUGUUAAAAUAAUGUUGCACACUAGCUAUUGUGACUUAGAUAAAUAUGACGAUUAAUAACAUAGUUUGUGCAUUUUUCUGUAGCUAUUACCGACCCUAACAGCAUAAUUAGUUGCUCGUUGGAACUAUGACAUGAGCAGAUUGCAACCAAGAGGCUAACAAAUGAUAGCUUAGCUAACGUUAGGUGCGAUGUUAUUACCGUAUUAUUUCCACUUUCUAUCAUCAUAAAGAAAUAAAAUGGCGACCGUGGAAGAUCAUCCAGUUCAUAAAUAUACUCCAUCGAGUAAAAAACAGUUGGGAAACUACAAGUGUUCUCAAUGCAAUGAUGUCUUUUCCAAGCCAGCUGUCUUGAAACGCCAUUUCAAAAGCAUCCACAGUGGUCAACAUGACCCUAAAGGCCCCUUCCCCUGCAAUGAACUAGGUUGCCACUUCAGCAGCACAGAGUGUCAGGAAUAUCAAGCCCACUUGGUAUCCACACAUGGUCUAUCACUUAUUCCAUGCAUAUUCAAGGCUUGCAAAUACUCAUUCCUCACACAGGAGGAGAUGGAGAGACACUCGCUGGGCCACAUGCCCUUUGGCUGCUUUCAGUGUCAGUUUGUAACUCUCAAUGUAAAAGACCUGAGGGACCACCUCUUUGAGCAGUUCCCACCUGACGCUCAAGGUAAGGAUACUUCAGCCACUGCUGUAUGCACUAAAGAAAGCCACAAGUCUCAAAUGUCAAGCAGGCCAAAAAGGAAACUGAUAUCCGACCCAGCUUGUGAAUCAUCAAUACCAGAAGACAGGAAGGAGGAACAGUCUGGGAAGCAAAAGCAAAAUAUUAAAAGAGUGAGAAAAGCAGUGGAAAGAGUCCAACCUUCAGCAGAGGACGCUGCACCACCGCCAUCCAAAGAGUACCUUGCGGAGGGAUCAGAGCGCACCUAUCGCACCAACACCUGCCCCAAGUGUCGUCGCUGUUUCAAGAUGCGCUCCCACCUGCAGGAGCACCUGCAUUUACAUUUUCCUGACCCCAGCCUCCAGUGUCCCACCUGCAAGCGUUACUUCACCAGCAAGAGCAAGCUACGCAUACAUCGACUCCGUGAGGCAGGUGAAAAGCUUCACCAUUGCCACUUGUGUGAAUAUUCUGCAGUGGAGCGGAAUGCAAUCCGGCGCCACCUUGCCAGCAUGCAUGCUGACAAAGCAGAAGGUGUGAGUCACAGCUAUCCCUGCCCCACCUGUAGUCAAAGCUUUCACCAGAGCAGGGUGCUUAAGGCCCACAUGAAGACACACAACAUCCUGUCAGACAGCAAGCCAGGGGCCUGCUUCCAAGAGGGUUGUUCUUUCAAGAGUUCUUCACACAAAGACCUUCUUAAACACUCUGCCGAGGUGCACGGAGUCAAGGUUGUAGAGUGUCGUCAUCACGCCUGCGGUGCAAUCUUUCAAAGUGACCCUGACAUGGAGGCUCAUUAUCGGACGCACCUGGCCUACCACUGCUCACAGUGUGAUUUCUCUUGUUCCAAUAAGAUUGUCUUCCUCCAGCACCAGAGGCACGGUCACCCAGGAAACGACCGGCUUUCCUGUGACUUUUGCUCCUUCGUCACAUUCAACCCCGUGGAGUUUGAGCAGCAUGUUGGACAUUUGCACGCCAACGAGAAGAUCCAUUGCUGCUCCCAGUGCAGCUACGUGACCUCGCACAAAAGGGGCUUGAAGCGACACAUGCUGAUGCACAGUGGUGAGAAGCCCCACAAGUGUAGCCAGUGUGACUUCAGGUGCAGAGAUGAGUCCUACCUCUCUAAACACAUGCUCACUCACUCAGAAGACAAGAACUUUAUGUGCGCUGAAUGUGGAUACGUCACUAAAUGGAAACACUAUCUGAAUGUCCAUAUGAGGAAACACGCUGGAGACCUCAGGUAUCAGUGUGACCAGUGCCCCUACCGUUGUCACCGCAUGGACCAGCUCAAUAGCCACAAAUUACGACAUCAGGCCAAAUCACUCAUGUGUGAGAUCUGUGCUUACGCCUGCAAGCGCAAAUAUGAGCUCCGCAACCACAUGUUGGCCAAACACUCUGGAGAAGAGAAACAGCUGUCCGUCUAUAAGUGCAAAUACUGCACAUACACUACCUGCUACAGACAAGCCCUUCAGAACCAUGAGAACUGCAAACACACCAAGCUGAAAGAGUUCCGCUGUGCCCUCUGCUUCUAUUCCUCUUUCAGUAGCAUCAGCCUCUUCCUGCACAAGAGGAAAGCUCAUGGAUACGUGCCUGGGGACAAAGCAUGGCUGGAGAACUACGCUGCAAAGGAGAAAGAAAGGAAUUCUACCGAGUUCUUGCAGGACUUUUACAAUAAACCCUCAACAGCCAAUGAGCAGUCUGAACAAUCCACCUCUGAAGGACAUCCACCUUCUGAAACAGAACUAUCCGAUCUUCCUAAUUCGGCAGAUCCCAGUGCCUGCAAGGAAUCCAUAGUUGGUAGACAAACUGUGGAUUCUGUGGAUGUUUUUGAUGUUGUCAAUAAAGGUAUUGCAGAUGAUCCUCCAUCUGGGAACGAUCCCGAAGAAUACUGUACUCUUGUUUUAACAACACUCUCAACGGCUGACUAUCAGAACCCCUCUUUGCCAAAUCAGGAAGACAGUUGUGCAAAGAAAACCCCAAGCUUGUCCAAUUUAAACUCCAAUGGCUCUGACACAUCCCAAAAGAAAGCAGGCGUAUGUACAUGUUCCUCAGAGGAAGACAAUAUAGCUAUGGCAGAUGCAGAAUGUGAACAAAGUGACUUAGACGAGAAUGAUACAAGUCAACCAGUAGAACCAGGGGGGUGUCAAACACCUGAAGUGGAGAAUGAAGGUGGACCAUUGAGUUCCACUUAUCCAUCCGAGUCUGCGAUCCGUCUCAAAGCUAUGAAGAAGCACGACAAGGACCAAGCAGAGGCCAUGGUUCUUGAGGGACGGGUACAGAUGCUUGUUGUGCCAACUGAAGACGUUUUUCGUUGCGACAAAUGCUCUUAUGUAACCAGUAAGGACACCGCUUUGAAGUACCACUGCCAAGCUUUGUGUAAUGGUAGGAUAAAGGGACACAAGUGCCAAGCCUGUGGUGCACAGUUUAUACAGAAGCGAGGCCUUGAAAGCCACCUUGCAAAGAAAUGUCCAGCCAUUCCACGAAAAACAAGGACAUUUGUAGGAAAUUCAAGUAAAGAAGAACACAACUCGACUUUAGGCCAGGAAGGAUCCAAACAACCAGAUGAGGAGACAAAUUCCAAUCAUUCAGAGCUUCUAUCUUUACCAAAAAGAACUUCCUCAGAUUCAAACGAUCAGGAAUUCGAUCUGCAAGAACAAGAAGAUUUUACAUCCAGUGAAUCAGGGCAGCAGCAAAGCAAAGUUCAGACGAAUACGCUUUUGAAAGUUAAACUUUCAAACAAGUUUUCUAUCAACAAACAAAGAAAUUUCCAACUGCCAAAGUCCCUUUAUGCUAAAAAAGAUGGGAAAUUUGAAUGCAAGCUGUGCAAUUUUUCAUCAGUCAGGCUUGCAACAGUCAAACGGCACCUCUCAACCUGCAGAAAAAUCUUAAGCAACAGAGUGAGUGAGAUCAUUCCAGAAGUGGAGGAUGAGCGUUCUAGCGAUUCGGUCAAAGGAAAAGAGGACUCGGUGGAAGACUACAAUGGCAGAACUGGGAAAGUUUCUAAGAAACGUCCAAUCUUCUCUUGUCCAUGUUGCCCAUUUAAGUGCAAUCAGAAAAGGGCAUUAGACAGUCAUGAAAAGAGAGGCUGCCUAAGGCCACAUGAAGUCCAAUGUGCCAUGUGUUCAUUUGUAGCCAAAUCUAAAUUGUCCUUGACCCGUCACAUCCUGUUUGCCCAUGACAAAAAGAAGGGUGGUGUUGCUAAACUUUUGCAAUGUGAGCAGUGCACCUUCACCUGUAAACAAGACCGAGGCAUGACACAGCAUGUUGCGCUCAAACACAAAGGCGUACAACCCCACCAAUGCCGGUAUUGUCCUUUUAGCACCACAAGGCGUUAUCGCUUGGAAGAGCACGAGUCUCUCCAUACAGGAAUCGGCCGCCACAGCUGCAAUAUAUGCGACAAGACCUUUGGGGCUGUGACCAAAUUGCGCCAGCACAAGAUGCGCAUCCACGAUAAACAACCGACACACUUCUGCUCACUCUGUGACUUCACUGGCUACACGCUGGACGAUGUAAGGCGUCACAAUCUCAGGUGCCACACGGGGGAGCUUCACCACGCUUGCACUCAUUGUAAUGCUCAGUUUAGUACAGAAGUUGCACUAAGAAACCACUGUAAACGUGCACACCAGCUCCAGGUUAGUUUAGCAUGUAAGCAGUGUCACUACACAUGUGGAAGUGAAGUCGCAUUGAAGACUCACCAAGAGAGCAAUCACCCUCAGGUGAAGUGCAACACCUGUAAGGAGUCUUUUCAAACAAAGGAGAGCCUUGAGAUACAUCAAAGAAGCCACCUCACACAUCAGUGUCAUUUGUGCCCCUUUGCUUCCAAAACAAGGCAGCUGUUGGCACAACACCUUCUGAAAGAACACGAGGACGGAUCUCCGGAGUACAAGCCUCUCAAGUGCAGCUCGUGUCAGUUUGCUUGUCGGCAUCCGUUGGUGUUAGAGCAGCACCUCCGUUCACAUGGAGGCAAGCGCCUUUACAAAUGCACAGACUGCGAGUAUUCAACAAGGAACAAGCAGAAGAUCACGUGGCACAUUCGCAUACACACUGGAGAGAAGCCGUACAGCUGUGAGCAGUGCAGUUAUACCUGUGCUGAUCCAUCUAGGUUAAAGCUUCACAUGCGGGUUCACCAAGAAGAAAAGAAGUACCUUUGUCCAGAGUGCGGCUACAAAUGCAAGUGGGCGACUCAGCUGAAGUACCACAUGACCAAGCACACAGGGGACAAGCCAUAUGCCUGCGAUGAGUGUGACUACCGCACUAACCGAGCGGAUGCUCUCCGUGCCCACCGGGACACACAGCACUGCGACCUGCGCCCUUAUGUCUGUGAGAAAUGUGGCAAAGCUUUCAAGACUAGUUUUAUACUGAAAACCCACCAGCGGCAACACAGUGACGAUCGGUCUUACACAUGCGGCUUGUGCCAGAAGGCCUUCCGGUGGCCAGCAGGUCUCAGACAUCACUACCUCUCACACACCAAUCAGCAGCCUUUCUGCUGCCGCCACUGCUCCUACAGAGCCAAACAGAAGUUCCAGGUGGUUAAGCAUUUGCAGAGGCACCAUCCGGAAAUGCCAGUGGAGCAGGGGGUGGAGAAGGACUCUGGAGCGGUACGCCUAACCAUUAAGGAGGCCAUGAAGGGAACAUUGGAUGAGAGAGCAAAACAAGUGGUGGAGAAGAAAGGAACAACCGAGGGGGAACAGGAAGUAGUUGUUGAGGUUUUGCAGAGGAAGAAACACAGUGAGACAAAAAGCUGAUGAGAGGGCACAAAAGAUGGAGUUGUAAUGUUAGAUUGUGGAUCACUAUCAACAAAAGGAACAGAGACAUAACUGUCGUACUGUAGAGGUCUAAUAAAACACAUCAGUACUAAAGACCGCAUAUAGGAACGUAUUAGACAUGGUCAACGUUACGUCGCCCAUUGUUUUCUGAACUACUGUUUUGAAACCCCAACUUUGACUUUCUCAAUUGUUUUUUCAAGAGUGACCAUAUUUGAAUAAGAGGGUGGAGCUGAGGAGGCAUGUUACAUCUCCCAAGCAGUGGCUCGUCAAUCACAAGGUAGCACCGCCCUAUAACAUUCACUGCCUGUUGUUUAUUUUACUCUAAAUAUGACCCUCAUACAUAUCAUGGUGUACUGAAGAAGACUUAAAAUUAGAGAUUGAGAACAUAAACUUGUCAGGAAAAUGUUUUCGGAGGAAAUAAAUCAAGUGGAAGUAGGGGUCAUUUUCUCAUAGACUUCUAUAAAAUCAAACUUUUUUUGGAUCCAGUUGAGUCACUGGCUGCCAGCCAUUAGAAAUCAUUUUCCGGCUACUUACUAGGCUAACUCCAGUAAGUACAUCAAAUAUCACCUAUUAUGCAAAAUGCACUUUUUCAUGUCUUUUAUACAUUAAUAUGUGUCCCCGGUGUGUAAUGAGACUCAGAAAGUGUCAGAAAAAAAUACAACCAUCUCUCUUUUCCUCCUUACACACAUCUCAGCUCCCAGCUGAUCCAGCUUUGCUGUCGUUAUGACGUAAUAAGGAAAAUGUGGUCUGGCUUUACAUUGACAAUUGGCAACACUGUCCUUGUGGUAAACCGGCGAGAGAAAUAAUGCUUGAUGUGGUUUGGAACAUAAUAUGGUGUUUAAUCAGGGUAGCGUUUAGCUGAGUAUCUGCCGUUAGUCCUUCUGAUACUUCUCUCUUCGCAAAGCUCUCUGUUACCAUGGCGACGCUACAAAGGGGCGUGGCAAGCAGCACCUAGUUCCAUUUAAAGCUACAGACCCCGAAUCAGCACUUUUGUAACAGGGCUGAAAUAGGGGGGUAUGAGGCAUGCUGCAGUGGGUGAUCUGUUUGGUAUUUUGAGCAAAACACUUCAAAGACAAGCUUUGUAUAGAUAUGGCCCUACAAUAUAUUGUUCAAAUACAGCAUAAUAGGGGACCUUUAAGUGAGUGUGUGUAUUGAAAGUAAGUGUAAUGUGGGAAAAAAGAAACCGUCUUUUUAUGAAGUAAUUUGAUAUUUUCUUGUAAUAAAGAAUAUUGUAGAUAUUGUAAAUAAAUGACCUUGAAC